AUGCCGUGCCGUCUUCGGAAAAUUACAGUUUACGAAACAAAAAGUCGAUUUUACAUAAUUGGUUGUGACAGUACUGGGUCCAGAUACAAUGUACUCAAAAUAGAUCGAGUCGAUCCGAAAGCAUUGAUAACUGGAGAACCUGAAUAUGACUAUACGAGAGAAGAGAUUCUUGAACUUUUGUCUACUAUAUCGGAUGGAAGUUCAGUUGUGUAUAAAUCAUCUUCAAAGAAAGGAUCGAAGAGUGGAUUGGUGGAACGAGCAACCAACGCAUUCGGAAUUCUUGGUGUGGUUAGAUUUGUCGAAGGCUAUUAUCUUAUUAUUAUCACUCGAGCCGUUGCUGUUGCCACACUUGGAUAUCAUCCAGUAUACAAAAUAGUUGAGGUUGCUAUGAUCCCCAUCGCGAUGGAUGGAAUUUCGUCAAGCUCCGAAGAACAGAAAUAUGUCAAACUAUUUCAAUCAGUUGAUUUGAGCACAGAUUUCUAUUUUUCUUAUUCCUACGAUUUGAGUCGGACUUUUCAAGACAAUGCACUUCGUAGUAAUUGGGAUAAUAACGGACAUAGAAAGCUGGAAGCGGAUGACAGAUUUGUCUGGAACUCAUUCCUGCUGGAACCCCUGCGAAAAAACUUGAUCAGUGAGCGUUGGUUUAUCGAAAUUGUUCACGGAUACGUCCGUCAGGAAUACAUAUUCCUACCAGUCGGCCGCAUCUCACUCACAAUAAUUGGUCGCCGAUCAACCAAGUAUGCCGGUACUCGAUUCUUAAAACGAGGUGCUAAUCCAUCUGGGAACGUUGCAAACUACGUGGAAACGGAACAAAUUGUGUGGGAUAUGGCAUCAUCCGGAAAUGUUGCCAAUGGACGGUUCAGUAGUUUCGUGCAAAUGCGAGGUUCAGUUCCGAUGCGCUGGUCCCAGGAUCCUUCUACACGUGGUGUUGUUGGGAAACCACUGAUCUUGAUCGACAAUCAUGAGCCACAUGCACAAACAGCUGCGAGUCAUUUUAGAGAAAUCAGGAACAAAUAUGGAAACCCGAUCAUCAUUAUGAAUCUGAUAAAACGGAAUGAAAAACGACGACACGAAGGAGUCUUACACACUCAGUUUUUGAAAAACAUUGAGUACUUGAAUCAGUUUUUGGAUAGCGAUGAAAAGCUCUGUUAUCUUUCGUUCGAUGUGGCAAGGUGUAAUAAAGCAGCUAACGCGAUGCCAUCAAUAAACGUGCUCAAUGUUAUGGAAGAUCUUUCGAUGAAGUCGGUUCUCAAAAAUGGAUGGUUUCAGUCGUUCCCACUAAACGAAGCUUUGAAAACAAGUCCACGAGAGGGAUUUGAAACUUUAGAUGUUCAAUAUUCUAAAGAUGGACGAUUCAUUAUCCAACAUGGGAUCUGCCGAACGAACUGCGUCGACUGUUUGGAUCGCACAAAUGUUGCUCAAUUUGUGAUUGCAAAAGUGGCUCUUGGAUGCCAAUUAUGCGCUAUGGGAAUUCUGGAUGAACCAAGUCUUUCAUUGCAAAGCGAAGUUUGCCGUUUACUGGAAGAUAUGUUCGAUGAACACGGCGACACAAUGGCUCUACAAUACGCCGGCAGUCAAUUGGUACAUUCCAUUAAAACGUAUAAGAAGACUGCAGCGUUCCAAGAGCGAAGAAGAGAUGUCUUCCAAACGUUGUCCAGAUAUUACAGUAACACUUUCAAUGAUUGGGAUAAACAAAUGGCAAUCAAUCUAUUUCUGGGAGUGUUUCGUCCGAAAAUCACUUCGCUGAAAAAUCUGUGGGACUUGACAACCGAUUAUAAUCUACAUUUCCCGUACCCAUUGAAAAUUCGUACUGAUUAUUGUGCAUGGAUUCUGACAGAGAAAGAAUUAGAUGAACUGGUUUUUCUUGAGUAUAACGAAAAUGAGAAUCAGGAUGGAUAUGUUGAAAUACGGUCGAUCGAGAUAGAAGGUCGUCGUGGAAGCGAAGGAAGUGAAUACCGUACUCUGCAGUUUUCGUCGGACGAAGAUUUUAGGGAUUAUCACAAAACGUACGAAUUUACUUCGUUGGAUGAUCGAAUUGGAAGACUGUUCAGCAUUGAAAAUAGAGCGAUCCAGGUAGAUGGAAUUAAUCAGGAACCAACUUCUCAUGCUCAAUUUUUGAAGCUUUGGAAAACUACAGAGACCAAAGAAAAAGAAUCGAAGAAACCAGCAAAGAAGGAGAAGGAAGAAAAAGAAUCGGAUGAUGAAGAUGAUGACGAGGGAAUAUCUACUCAGUGGUCUGAUGUAGUAGAAGCUCAGCAGGAAUGGUAUGAUCUGGUCAAUCAGUCAGGGAACAUUGCAAGUACAAAGACACCAAUUUCAAUUGUGAAAAAAGACAUCGUUCCAUCCCGAUCGAGAGCUAAACGAUCACUUCUGAGCACUGGUCUACAGUUCGCCAAGGACAUUUAUCAUUUGGAUCAUUUAAAGACGCAGCCUGAUGAACGGAGAUAUUAUGAAAAGUACGCCAUUACAGCGUUCAAAUGUAAUGUUCGGGAUUGGGAAUCGGUGAAACCAACGUUGCUGAGUGAAUUCAAAAUAAAUCCGGAGUUGGAGGCUCGUCGACCUACUUUCUUCACCGCGGAUGAUUGUUAUAGAUCAGAACAACCGGAUGUCAGCGGCAAUUCUGAACGAUUCUACACCAAAAGUGAUAAUCCGCUGACAACACAAUGUUCCAAUCGUGACUACGAAACAUUCUCGAAUUAUAUGGAAGCACCCUAA